AUGGAGAGGCGGACUAGUGGUGUAUCUAUCUGUAGAAGUGCACCAAAAAUCACCAACUUAUUAUUUGCAGAUGAUUCUCUAUUGUUUUGCCAGGCCACUCAACCCGAAGUUGUAGCCAUUACUGAGAUCCUCCAAAAGUAUGCAGGUGCAUCAAGCCAAUCCAUUAAUUUACAGAAAUCUUUGGUAUUCUUUAGCAAGAACACACCUUGUGACCAAAGACAAGCAAGUGCCUCAGCUUUGGGAGUGAAGGUGGUGGAGAGUUUUGACACUUACUUGGGCUUACCAACCUUGAUUGGACAUGCAAAAUACCAAACCUUUUCCUUCCUCCAAGAUAGAGUUUGGAAAAAAUUGCAAGGGUGGAAGGGGACAAUGUUAUUUAGAGCAGGCAAGGAAGUGUUAAUCAAGGCAGUGGCUCAAUCAAUACCCACAUACACUAUGGGGGUGUUUCUCUCACCUUUGAUGCUUUGUGAUGAUCUCAAUGCCUUGUGUGCAAAAUUUUGGUGGGGAUAA